GAGUGAUGAGAUCGCGCUCUCACAACCUUUUAAGUACUUAUCCAUGCCGGGAGAAAAAGUGCAAUGGUCAUGGAUUCCUGUCUCCAUGUUCCUCAUUUCACCAUGACAGCAGUCUGAGAAGGAUCACCUGCCAUGGAGAGGAAUAACACAACACAAACUCUGGAGCUGGGAGAAUGUGAGCACACAUUGGACACCAGCGGAGCGCUGGACAAUUGCACGGAAGCUGCCAGCGGGAACCUGUCUUUACGUUGCUGGCUGCAUUUAUUGACUAAGGAAUCUAGUUCAACACUGCAAGGUGAUGGGUCUAGUUUGGCUGUGCGUGUGAUGAUCGCCCUCGUUUACUCAGUGGUGUGCGCUCUGGGACUUGUAGGGAACUCUCUUGCUCUCUACCUUCUUCACUCACGCUACCGGCAAAAGCAGUCUUCCAUCAACUGCUUUGUGAUGGGUCUGGCUCUAACCGACCUACAGUUUGUCCUCACCCUGCCUUUCUGGGCGGUAGACACGGCGUUGGACUUCCGUUGGCCCUUCGGUAAAGUUAUGUGUAAAAUCAUCAGUUCUGUGACCACUAUGAAUAUGUACGCCAGUGUAUUUUUCUUGACCGCCAUGAGCGUGGCCAGGUACUACUCCAUUGCGUCCUCGCUGAAGAUGCACAGUCGCCGAGCGGCCGCGGCAGCAGCCAAGUGGAUCAGCUUGGGCAUCUGGGUUGUGUCGCUAGUAGCCACACUUCCACACGCGGUGUAUUCGACUAUCGCCCAGGUAGCUACAGAUGAGGAGUUGUGCUUGGUGCGCUUUCCUGAAACGGGUAGCUGGGACCCCCAACUGUUGCUCGGACUUUACCAGUUGCAGAAGGUUCUGCUCGGGUUCCUGAUCCCUUUGGUGGUGAUCACCGCCUGCUAUCUCCUGUUGCUGCGAAUUGUGCUAAGCCGAAGAAUCAGUGGCGUAGCCGGUUCCGAAAGCGAGCGGGGACAGCACAAGCAGCGCUCUAAGGUUACUAAAUCGGUCGUGAUCGUAGUCCUGUCCUUCUUUUUGUGUUGGCUCCCCAAUCAGGCCCUGACUCUUUGGGGUGUCUUGAUCAAGUUUGACCUGAUACCGUUUAGUAAGGCCUUCUACAAUGCCCAGGCGUACGCCUUUCCACUGACAGUUUGUUUGGCCCACACAAACAGCUGCCUCAAUCCCGUUCUGUACUGCCUGAUUCGUCGCGAAUUCCGCGCCGGCCUCAAAGAGCUGCUGUUGAGGGCCACGCCAUCCUACCGUAGCCUAGCUCGACUGCUCCCACGCAAGGCAAAGGUAGCUGAGGCGCCCCCUGUGCUGGUCCUGGUGCAAAUGGAUGUGUGAGCCGAUCCUUACAGAGCGCUCUUCAAAUUCGUUCGUCCCCCCCAUCUUUGUUUUUGUUUGACAGAACGAAGCAGGCGUAAGAAAUGUCCUUGGGGAGCUGCACCAGUUUCUCUUGCUUUCAUUGCGAAUCACUUUUGCGC